GAAACAUACUAUUACUCACUGAUGGUAACAAAGCUGAAAGAAGAACAAUGAUACUUAACAAAUGAUAAGUAAAAACAAAAUGCAAAUGCUGAGGUGUAUUUUUCCUGUGAAGCCACUAUGGAAAUACAAUAUACAUACAGACUCUCUAGCACAUGCAAAUUAACACACUUCCAAAGACAUACAGCAAUAAACAGAGAAAAGAUUUGGACAUAUUUGUUUUUUUUUAAGAGUGAAAUAAACAAAUGAUGUGAUGUCCUGAAUGAGAGCAGAUAUAAUAAUCACUUUGUUUAAAGACGGACAGAAACAUCAGACUCAGGACAGAAACACACGACCUCUAAAAAAUGGAGCAAACUCUAUAUUUCAUUCUUCUUCUCAUUGCUCUCUGCUCCGUAUCUGAAUGUGUUCAGCGUCAGUAUCACUUUAUAAACGUGAGGAAGAACUGGACUGAAGCUCAGAGAUACUGCAGAGAGAAUUACACAGAUCUGGCCACCGCUGACAACAUGAACGACAUGAACGAGCUGAAGAAGACUGUGAAUGUUAGUGUUCAAUAUGUCUGGAUUGGGCUGCAGAAGACGGGUGUUGAUAAAUGGCAGUGGUCUUCAGGUGAUCCUGCGCUCUAUCUGAACUGGGCUCCUGGACAACCUGAUGGCACAGAGUGUGCUAUGAUGAGAGAUGGACAGUGGGAUGAUUAUUCAUGCAGUAUCAGCCUGACUUUCAUCUGCAAUUCAUCUAACAACAGACUCGUCUUUAUCAAUCAGAGGAAGAACUGGAGAGACGCUCAGAGUUACUGCAGACAGAAUCACAUUGAUCUGGUCAGUGUGAGGAACCAGAAUGAGAAUCAACAGCUUCAGCAGUUCAUCAAUGAUAGUCACGUAUCUGGAUCAUGGAUCUGGAUCGGUCUGUUCAGUGUCAGAGACUCAUGGCAGUGGUCAGAUCAGAGUAACUCCUCAUUCAGAUACUGGAAGACUAAUGAACCUAAUAAUAAUUGGGGUAAUGAAAACUGUUUAGCAAUCGAACAGAACGCUCAGGGACAAUGGCAUGAUUACCCUUGCAACUACCAGUUUCCUUUUGUGUGUCAUGAAGGUGAUCUCUCUCUAUGGUUUGUUUUGUGUCGAGAUAAACUGAUCCUGAUCAAAGAGAAUCUGACGUGGCCUGAAGCUCUGAGAUACUGCAGACAGAAUCGUGUGGAUCUGGUCUCGGUUCAUUCAGAAGAGAUUCAGCGUCGUGUGAUGAAUGUGGUUAAACAGGCAUCUACUGAGGCGGUGUGGUUGGGUUUACACAAUUACUGCAGUAUGAACAUGUGGCUCUGGUUGAGCGGAGAGAUCGUGUGCUAUCAGAACUGGGCUCCAGGGAACGGAGUAGAACCGGAAGACUGUCGCCUCGAGAAGAGAAAAGGAGCAGUUCAGUCUGGAGGAGAUCAGCGCUGGAUCAGCCUUCCUGAAACUCGCAAACUCAACUUCAUCUGCAGAAAUGAUGAGUGAAUGUUUGUGUGUUUACUUACAUUCAC